AAAAAAAAUCUAUAUAAAAAAAAGACCGUUGGGAGCGAAAGGAUCGAUUGUAACGGAUAGUUUUUUUUUUUUUUUUCACUCAAAAGCAAUACACUCUCUCUUUCUCUUUUGAGAAUCAGAACACAAAUUUCUUCAAUUCAGAUUCAAGAAACGCUAAUAAUUACUCCAUUGAUUUCAGUAACUGUUGAGGCAUCCCUUUGACUGAUUGCUUUUUAAAUUGUACGAGUAUACAGAAAAAGAUUGUAAUUUCCAUCAAUUGUUAUUAUUUUGGAGAAUGGAUUUGGGUUGUUUUGAUAUGGGUUGUAUUGAAAAGAAGCCGGCCAACGAAAGUAUGAACAGUCCUACUGCCGCUUCUACAACGGCUACUUCCAAACUUGGAAAGGCUAAAGCCGUGAAGGAAGGUGGACAGUCAAAUUUAGUUUCUUUAAACAAAUCUGGAUCACAAAUUAGAAAGCCACCUCAUCGCAAAACUUCGCCUCUGAAUUGGUUCCCUCGCAAGAAAGUGGAUUCCUAUUUGAAGAGGAAAAUAAAAAUGCUCCAGGAAGUGGAUGGAAUGAACUCAACCCUUGAUGAGACAUUGGGGGAUGCUAAUCCCCAUUAUUGUAGAGUUCUGAGAGAAAAAAUAGCAGUAAGAGAAGCUGCUCAAAGAGCUGUGGAAACACGGAAGGCUGCACUGAUUGAAGCAUCAUGGUGCCGAAUACUUCAAGCAGCCAGGAUUGAUUGUAAAGAAGCAGAACAAUUGCUGAUAAAGGCGGAAAAUUUUUCUGCAGAAGCUUUUGAAGCUGCAACAGCUAUUGGAGUAAUCUUGUUUGACAUUCCUGAUUGCUCACGAAAGCAUUACAAAAUAGAAAAGUCACCGGCAAGAGAAGGAGGACCCACCACUCAUACUGUUAGAACAUCGUUUGAAACUGCAUUUGAGGUGGAUAAACAAGUAGCAAGUGCAGUUAAGGCUGCCCUUCGUAAGCUUGCUAAUUGCCCUUCCAUGAACAAAGAUGAAGUCAAGGAACUGCUGCACAGAAUAAGCCAGAACCCUGAAACAGACGAUAAUCAUCAAGAAGUGUCUGAGUUCUCUUCAGAAUGUGAAUCAGAUACGGCUUCUGAAGUCGCAGAUUUAGAGACAGAACCUGUUGGGGUAAAGGAAAGGAAAUAUAAAAAGAAGCAAGCAUAUGAAAAGUUUAAUAUGCCCAAUCUCGUGGAAAUGAUGCUGGAAAGGCUUAGAUGUUUGCAAGAAGAUGAGCUUGCAUCUCUUGCCACUAUAGUUGCAACGUGUGGAUUGAAUGCUGCUCUAGCUGAAGCCGAAAACAGCAAACCACACAUUUCAGGUUCUGCUGCUGUUGGAGAGGUAGCAGUUAAGGGCUAUAAUUUGGAUGGAAAGAAAAGUAAGACAGCUGAGGAACUUCCAAGCCUGGAUAAGUUUCUGGUUAAGCGGUUAACGAGAUUUGAAAGGGAUGUAUUAGAAGCCAAAAAUGCCAGGAGUGAAUCUGGGGAAAGAAGUGAACAAAGUCAAGAUAAAUCUGCUGAUAAGGUUCUUUCAGAAGACCACCACGCACAUUCAGGCCAUGAUCUGGCUAGUAUUCUCAAGAAAAGUGAACAAAGGCAAGAUAAAUCUGCCUCUUCAAAGUUAGAGAAGGAAAUUGAAGAGGCAAAGAACAACUCCGAAACAUUGUUAAAAACCAAGUCUAAAGUUUCAAAUAGCAAUGUGCAUUCGUCUGAGGUUCCAAGCUUGGAUAAGUUUCUGGUGAAGCGAUUAACGAGACUAGAAAGGGAGGUAUUAGAAGCCAAAAAUGCCAGGACUGAAGCCAAGGAAAGAAGUGAACAAAGGCAAGAUAAAUCUGGUGAUACAUUGGUUCAUUCGGAAUACCACACAAAUUCAGGCCAUGACCUAGCAAGUAUUCUCAAGAAGCCUUCUUCUUCCAAAUUUGAGAAGGAAAUUGAAGAGGCCAAGAACAACUCCGAAAUGUUGUUAAAAACGAAGUGUAAAGCUUCAAAUAGCAAUGUGCUUUCAUCUGAGCUUCCUGACUUGAGCAGCGUGCUGGUUAAGCACUCCUCGAAGCUUGAGAAAGAUAUUGAAGAGGCCAAGAGGAAGAAUGAAAAACUUGGUGAAAUUGAGGGUAAGAACUCGAAAAGAUUGGGAACUGUUGCAACUGGUCAAAAAAAGAAACAUGAAAUAGAAGUUCCCAGUUUAGAAGAUUAUCUGGUGAAACCUAUGACCAGACUUGAAAGGGAAGUUCAAGAAGCAAAAAGUAGGGAGAACACUGCAGACUCGACUGCAAAUGUGUCCGAGACUACCUCGCUGGUAGGAAAAGAAAAUGUUGACCAGAAUGUAAAUCAUGAUACAAGUACGGUAGGAAAUUCUUGUAACGGAGAACAUCCGUCAAAGUCAGCAGACACAUUAUCAAUCGAGGUUGAAAACAAAGAAUCACCGGAUAGUCUGGACAAUAUUAUAGUAAAGCCAGUUUGCCGUUUCCAAAGGACUCAAAGAAAGUUUGAAGCUAAUAGUGCCACGGAUAGCGAAGGUUUGGAUAAGAUUUUAGUGAAGCAUGUUUCAAAGCUUGAAAAAGAGAAAAUGUCCUUUCAUGCAAAGGAAGAAGACAAUUUGAUGAAUGUAAAGAAAAGGGACACAAGUGCUAAACAAUUGCAGCACAGUGAAGGCAGUUUGGAUCAGAUUUUGGUGAAACACAAGUCUAGACUUGAGAGAGAAAAGAUGGCUGCUAGUCAGCCCGAGGAUGAUUAUCAGAUAAGAGAUUCAACUUCUCGGAAAGCUACAAGGGAGAGGGAGUUGCAAGAAGCUUGGGGAGGCUUAAGUCUUGGGAAAGCCAGUUUGGAUCAGAUUUUGGUGAAACACAAGUCUAGACUUGAGAGAGAAAAGAUGGCUGCUAGUCAGCCCGGGGACGAUGAUCAGAUAAGACAUUCAAUUUCUCGGAAAGCGACAAGGGAGAGGGAGUUGCAAGAAGCUUGGGGAGGCUUAAGUCUUGGGAACUCUUUGCGUCCUCAUAUGUCUAGACUUCAGAGAGACAAGGCUGCCUGGCUAAAAGCUGAAGAGGAGGAGAGGAAGGGAACCGUGGAGGCGUGAAAUUAUGAGGCAUUUCACUUUCUUGAAUCUAUGAAAACUAUGAUAUGUUUUAGAUUUGAAACAUGUAAAUUCUUUGUUUUUUUUUCCCUCCCAUGCUUUCGGUUGGUCAACGUGACAACAACCAACUGAACUUCUGAAUAUUUCUUCAUUACUUGUAUAGUGAUCUCGUAUGAGAUAGAUCCUUUUUGAAGUAAAUAUGAUUAGAAUGCUAUUUUAUUUC